UGGGCCGGCUUGGUACGCUCCACGAACCCCCUCCAUUGCCUCCGAUGGUGGUUGCACCCACCGCCCCGGAAGCGUUUCGCGCUGCCGCGGGCGAGGCGGAACAGCGGCGCAUGGAGCAGUCCGGCGGUCGGAGCGGCCUGGGCUGCGGCCCCGCGCCCGCGGAGUCGGCCUCGGCAUCAGUGAGCCUGGCGCAGCUCGUGCAGCUGGUCCAGCAGGGCCGGGAGCUCCCUGGCCUGGAGAGGCCCCACAUCGCGGCGACCCACGGCGAGCCCACGGCGUCGCAGCUCCCACGGAGGCCCAAGCCCUGGGAGGCCGCAGGGUCGGCCGCGGGGUCGGCAGAGGCCGCCGCAUCGCCGCCCUAGACCACGGGUCCCGGGUCCCGGGAGACGAGCCGCGUGGACGGGUCCUGCUCGGCGGAAGCGGGAUUGCGCCUUCUCGAUGGCCCGCAGUGGGUUUCUGAGGCUCCAUGUCCUUUACCUCUUGGACCCGGAAGGCGGGGCUGUGCCCUGCGUUACCUCGGACCCCGGAUACUGGCCACGGUUUUUCAUCUUUUGUGCAUUCGCCCGGACUCAUCUCGGCUGGACUUAAGCCUCCUGGGAGUAUAAUCGGGGUUGUCUGGAUCCGUAUUUCUGAAGCAUGAUCCUCAUUAAAUUUUUAAAAUACCCA